AUGGCAAUCCUUGAUAGACUACCAACUAGAGAGAGGCUUUCUCGAAUGGGAAUUACCACUGUAGAUUCUUGUGUAUUAUGCAAUGACUACGUUGAAUCGAGAAACCACUUGUUUGCUGAUUGUACAACAGCAACAACCUUAUGGAAAGCAAUUUUAAGGCUCAAUCACCUAACCAAGCCUCCUAUGUCAUGGGAUAGUAUGCUUGCAUGGGCUAUUACUGCUUGGAAAGAUAAAUCUCUUCUAACUUCCAUCAUGAAGAUUGCUUGGUGUACUUUCAUUUACACAGUUUGGGAGGAAAGAAACAGAAGAAUUUUUCAGGGGAGAGCUCGAACAGUUGAAGAGAUGUUAAGCUCCAUAAAGGAGAUUGUUGGUGCUCAGCUUAGCAAUAGAAACCUUAAUAGACUUGAUAGUGUUAACUCUCUUCUUUGUAUCAAUUGGGGUAUAGGCUAA